AUGGAUCAGCCACCAUCUGUGCAGACACCACCGACAUCAACGACAGAGGAGACUCGGUGGGCAGCUGAAAACGCCGGCCGUAUCCAACAGUAUGAAGGCGUACGAAGGACGGGACCGGGGCGCAAGCCUCGCGCAUGCGUGGAGUGCAAGAAGCAAAAGAUGAAAUGCGAGGUGCUACCGGGAGAUACCAAAUGCACAAAUUGCCUGCGCCGGAAUAUCUCGUCCUGCAUUUUCAAGAGAGUCAUGAUGGCCGAGACGUCGUCUGAUUUGAAUUCAACCGAUUCUGCGCGUAGCUACGAGCGCAAGAUCGACUCGAUGACAGAAGAGAUCAGGCGCAUGAGGGAAUCGCUGGACAUGUUGAUCCGCCAGGGGACGGCAGUUUCCAAGCCGGAGCGGCCUCCCGCCAUUGGCCUCCAAAACCAGGUCACGGUCGAGAGUGGUAGCAGCCCGGCAAUCACAGCCCGGCCCCCGGGAGAGGAAGACAACAUGCGCAUGGCCAUGACAAGGGAAAACUCCCCGGAUCCGGCGCGCAAUGGCGAGCAGAGCACCGGUGGCUCCGUCAAUGUUGAAGAGCCAAUGGGAAGUCUGUAUGAAGUCACGCGGCUGAGAAAUAUCCGUAGUAACCAGGCCAAGACUGCUCGUCCGCAAGCCCGUGGGAACAGGGAACUUAACGACUUCAUUUCGCGGGGAGUCAUUUCUCUGUCUGAAGCUGAGGAUCUCUAUCGGAGCUUCCACACAAGCCUGAACCACUACUUGUGGGUAGGACUCGAGCAGACACACCCAAGCUUUGAGGCUAUACGGCAGUCUUCCGAGCUGCUCACUGCCACAAUCUUGACAGUCACGGCUCUCCAUAUACCUACCAGUGCUGAGACAUUUGAUCAAUGUUAUAAGGAAUUCCUGGCCUUGACCUCCAGUUCCAUGUUCAGUCGCUACCAUAGCAUUGAUGAUGUACGCGCCUUGUGCAUUGCCGCGUUCUGGCUCUCCGAAGUCUCCUGGAAGCUUUCCGGCCAUGCUAUACGAAUUGCGACUGAAUUAAAUGUCCACCAAUCCUUCUCACGCGCCUUGGAAGGCGACAAGGAGCAUUUCCUGAGGGCUCGCCUGUGGUACAUGUUGUACGUUUGCGAUCACCACUUCUCGAUCGCCUACGGAAGACCUCCCAUGAUCGCCGAGUCCCUGCAGAUCCGCGAGCACGAGCUGUUCCUGCAGUCGCCCUUUGCCGAUGCCCUGGACCGGCGCAUCCUCUCGCAGGUGGCGCUGAUGCAGAUCCUGACGCGCGUCUACGACCGCUUUGUCGAGCGCAAGGUGCCUCACCAGGACUACUCGACGGCCGGGGCCAUGCUGAGCGAUGACGAGGGUGGAGAAGACUUUGCCGACCUGCGCAACUUCAACCUCGAGAUCGACCAGUGGCGGAUGCGCUGGAACGCGCGGCAGGAGAACAACCGGUUCAUCGGAUCGUUCCCGCCCAAGGGCAUUAUCCUCUAUUCGUACUUUGCUAAACUACAGCUCAACGCGCUGGCCAUCCGGGGCGUGAGCCUAUCGCAGGGUCGCCUGUCGACGGAACGCAAGGAGUUCGCCAACAUGGCCAUCUCGGCCGCCGCCAGCAUCCUGACCUUCGUGCUCGAAGAAGAAGACAUGCGCCGGGCCCUCGUCGGCACGCCGCUCUACGUGCACACCAUGAUCGCCUUUGCCUCCGUCUUCCUGAUGAAGGUCGCCACCAAGUGGAACCGCAUCAUGGGUCUCAACGUCGAGUCCAACUACGUCUCUCAUCUCCUGGAGCGCAUGAUUGUGCUGCUGAAGAGUUCCGUCACGUCCGAGAGGCACCUCUUGUACCAUAUCGCGUCCGGUCUGGAGAAGAUGCUGGAGAACCUGGGGAGGAUUUCAAGGGGGCCACCGAAACAGGUCGACGAAAACAUGGGGGUCGGUGUCUCUCCCGAGUCUGUCAUCAGCUUCGGCCCCAUGGGAUACGGCACCAGCCCGGGGAAUCAAGCACCCGCGGUUGACAAUCAGAAUCACGGUUUUGCAACCGGUGAAGGCUUGAGCUGGGAUUCAUAUACGGCUGGUGCAGGGCCGAGACACAACUUUUUGGACGACUUGGCCGUCAUGAAUGACAGUCUCAUCUAUGAAGCCUUUGGAAGCGACUCGGCAAAUGAUGUGUAUAACUUGUUGAAUAGCCAGUUCUCAUACUGA